AUGCAAUCAUUACAACGGCUCACGCCGUUGUUUUUGCUGCUGCUGCUGCUGGCGCUUGGAAGCAGCAGCAACAACAGCAACAGCUACAGCAGCAGCGUUAGCAGCAUAUUCAGCAGCAGCAGCAGCAGCAGCAGCACAGGACUUAUCAUCGGGGCGAAUGCAGAGGGUCUUCGAGGUCUACCACAACUCGAAGCAUCAGGAGCGCCUCCCCGACGCCUACAAGCGGGAGUCAACAUUGACGAUCAGGACAAGGCACAGAAAGGGUUUAUUGUUAUCUGGGUGAGCAUCACGUUGGUCUUUGUGAUGGUUUUGGGCAUUUGGAUAACUCUUAAGAUAGCAGAUAUAACGGAUCCUCUGCUGCACACGAAGUUUAUUACUUCUAGCUAA